ACCCUCACUUCAUCUGAAAAUGCCUAUGGAAAAGGACAUGUGGGUCUUCGGACCCGAAUCUCAGUCAACAUCCCCCGACGACCUUCAUGAAGUCUGUUUGGACGACGAUACGGGGGGCGUAGGAGUCCGAGCCCCUUUACCAGCCGGAAGUCGGCCUGAAUGCUUAAGGAGUGCCCUUAAAGAAUGCAUAUUCGUUGUCCUAAUCGCCUUUUCUGCAGCUACUCCUGUCUUCCUUCAACGGUCCGUUGUACUUGUGGCUGGAUCUAUGUCCGAGGAAUUAGAGAUGACACCGGCUCAGAUUGCAUGGGCUACAGCAAGUUCAGGUCUGACGACCGGCGCAUUCUUGCUUCCUUUUGGCUACAUUGCUGAUACAUGCGCCUUUCUACCUCGGAAAACUCUUCUUAUCAUCAGCUUAGUAGCUUUCAGUUUGCUCGUGUCGUCGACGUCCCUUUCGCCGAAUGGGAUUGUCCUUGAUAUCAUAUCCGGAUUGACAGGUAUCGCUUGCGCAGCGAACGUUCCAAUUGCCGUUGGUCUCUUGAGUCUUGUAUACCCUAAACCGUCACGUCGGAAGAAUAUGGUCUUCUCUUCUUUCUUGAUGGGCACACCGGCAGCAACCAUAAUCGGCGGUCUCGGCUCAGGAGCCCUAGCUCUCCAGUUCAGUUGGAAAGCCCCAUUCAUAGCUUUGGCUAUUUUAUAUUCGGUCGUCUGCGGGCUUGCAUGCAUCUUCGUUCCGAAUAUUCCAGAACCUGAGACAUCUCAAGAGAGGGACGAGAUGCACAUUAUCGCCGAGCCAGAAGCUUUUCCUAUGCUUUCAAUCGCAACCCAUAAGAAGAAGUCUCCCUUAUUGGAAUUCGAUUGGGUCGGGCUGGUCUUGCUGAUCACGGGUCUUCUACUAUUUACUAUUGCUUUGACUAUUGGACCCCAAGGCCCGGAACCAUGGAAGACGCCGACAGUUAUCCUUCUCCUAACCUUGGGUGUGUUGUCUCUUGGAUGCUUUCUUCUUUGGGAAAAGGUUACACAAACGCCAAUGAUACCUCCCUCCAUUUGGGAGAACUGGACGGUAACUUUGGUGAUUAUUUCCACAUUAGGCGCUGCUAUGUCUUUUUAUUCGCAACUGUUCUGGGUAUCUUUAUUCAUGCAGGACCUCGAGGGCCUUAAGCCAUUCGAUGUUGCUGUGAGGUUACUACCCCAGGCCCUUGUGGGUUUAUUACUCAGUCCUCUCGUUGGCUUGAUUAUGCACAAAGUUCCUGGUACGGUGCUUCUGGGUGUGGCUGCUGGUGCUCUUGUUGCUAGCAAUGUGCUCCUCGUGUUUUUGCAUCAAGGAAGUAAUUACCUAAUUUGGAUAUUUCCCUCGGUCGUGUUGAGUACUAUUGGAAUGGAUUGGACUAUGAACGUUGGGUCGCUCUAUAUCUUAUCAUCUCUUCCCCUUAAACAACAUUCUAUCGGAGCUUCAGUUCUCCAAACGACGAGUCGUCUCGGCGUCCCACUAGGUAUGGGUGUUACUACCGCAAUAUGGUCUUCGUAUGAUAGGAUGCAGCUGGAGGCCAAUCCGGAAAUCGCAUAUACCAAUACUUUUAUUGCGACGGCAGCAUUUGCGGGAAUUUCACUCUCUCUUGUACCAUUCAUUCACAUUGGGAGACAGGGUCAUCCGAAACAAAAAUUAGUAGACCACAAGGAUGAGGAUAUUCAACCAGAAACACCGAUUCUUUCCCAGCAUCACCUUGGCCUUUCUCGAAUUGGUCAAAAUGAUAAUGGGAAUCGUCCGAGCAAGAGAUGGUCACCGGUUGAUACGCUGGCGACAUCAGCUGUAGGUGAAAGGCAACACACUAUAGCCCCCUCAGUAUCAUCGCAGUCAUCCCGUAUAAGUGCGGAUGCCCCGAGCAGCAUUGGCACGGCGAGGACAACUAUCCGACGAGGGUGCAGUCCAUCUGAAAGAGUAGUCUGGGUUGUCUGCGAAGAAUGCGGCACAAGCAAACGCCACAACCAACCACGUAGAGCCGUGGGUGAUCCGGCGCGCUACUUCAACGAUUCGGCAUUAGGUGGAGUGACUGAGAGUCACAAUCACCAAACAAAUAAUCACACUACCGAGAGCAGUAGUAACCCAACUAGCCAGCCGCAUGCCGCUCCUCAGCUUCCUAGGCAGUUCGGUGGACGUCGACGCCUACCUCUCGUGAACCGUCAAAUCAUGACUCACCAGAUGCUAACCCAGGGUUUCCAGCCCUGA